AUGUCUACAAGUGAAGCAGAAACAAGUGAUUCUAAUAUGGAAUCUCCAUUUUCGCAAGGAAUAGAAUCACCAUACAGCUCACCAUCUCAAGAAGUACCUCAACUCACCAGUAAUAUAUCACAAUUAUCAUGGCUUGAAAAAUCAUUUCGGCAAAAUGGAAAACAACCAGAAUUGGUUAUUGUGGCACAACCACAAAAUCAUUUCCGCUUUAGAUAUAAAAGCGAAAUGAUUGGAACGCAUGGUUGUCUAGUUGGCAAGAGCUCGAAUAAUAGUAAGACAAAAACCCAUCCAACAGUUGAGCUAAAAAAUUAUGAUGGGAAAGCUCUUAUAAGAUGCAGAUUAGCAAGACAUGAUAAUAAACAGGAGCAUCCACACAAGUUGCUUGAAGAUGAACAAGAUCACGACGUCAACAGCGUUGUGCCUCGCAACGGUUCUUACAGAAUAGCAUUUAGCGGCAUGGGCAUAAUUCACACUGCUAAGAAAGACGUCCCAGAGUUGCUGUACAGAAAGUACGCACACGAAACACCCGGAUCGAAGUUUAAUGAAAAUAAGCUAAGAGCGCAAGCCGAGAAUGAUGCUAAAACUAUAAAUUUAAAUAUCGUCCGGUUAAAAUUUAGUGCUCAUGAUUUGACAACCGAUGAAGAGAUUUGCCCGCCAGUGUUAUCAGAACCCAUCCACAAUAUGAAAAGCGCGGCAACAAACGAUUUGAAGAUAUGCCGUAUCAGUUGCUGUACUGGACGCCCAAAAGGCGGAGAAGAUGUUUUUAUAUUCGUUGAGAAGGUAAAUAAAAAAAAUAUAAUGAUAAACUUCUUUGAAGUUGAGAACGGUGUUCGCGUCUGGUCUGACACUGGCAAGUUCUUGCAGAACGACGUACAUCAUCAGUACGCCAUUGCCUUUAGGACACCGCCAUAUAGAGACCUGGAUAUAACGACAGAAGUUAAAGUGUUCUUGGAGUUGGUUCGACCUAGUGACGGGAGGACCAGUGAGCCUCGAGAGUUCACCUACAAACCCGGUUAUGGCGGCAUACACAAGAAAAGGAAAGCUAAUUCGUCAUAUUCCUCCAUGGAAAGCAAUUCAGAGAAUUCAUAUAAAUUUCGUUUUAACGAAAUACCGACAACUAUAGAAUUCGUAAAUCAAAAUGGAAAUUACGACAUGGAAACAGACGAAAUGAUGAAGGAGAUGCCCACCAUGGCACUACCACAAACCGGCCAAAUAGCAGCGACAUCCGAUUCCAUGAUGGCCGAUGCGAUGUGUACUCAAGGGCCGGGUGUGCCGAUGUUAGGGCAGUACACGUCGUUUAGCCCUUUACUGAGCCAGCCAAAUGUACCGGAGGCGCCCGUGCCGGUCCUACAGUUGAAUUCCUCAGAUAUAGACAGAAUAGUAAACCAUGAAUUGCCUUCCGCGGAUGAGAAGAAGCAGUUACUGAGUACGGACUUGAGUGAUUACUUCAAACAUUUCAGUGCAUCGCUCGAUGAGGAUUUGCCGGGUACAAUGGCGCACUUCCUAAAAUCUUCAAUGCUGGUUCCAGAUUCCGGGAAGCCUGUGAAUGUAAAAACUUUACCCGAAAAUGACAAUGUCAAGAACAUAAAAAAGAAAAACACUGAUUAUUCAGCGUCAUACAAAUACGAAGAUGGCGUAGAAGUGAAAAAGCUCGUCAAGGAGUUAUGCGAAAUGAUCAGAAAUAGGUCCGGUGAUAAGAAACAACUGAUUAGAAGUAAAUUGGAGAGGCUAUUCGAUAUGCGACUGGGUAAUGGAGACACAUUUUUGCACAUGACUUUGGCCAGCAACCAACCCAGUCUAGAGUAUAUAGUGAAACUAAUACACAACAUGAAAAUGAUAAAACUUUUGAACUUGAAAAAUUAUCAGAUGCAAACUAUUCUCCACUUGGCUAUUGUCAACGAUUUACCAAAACUUGUGUCUUUCCUGGUGUCGAAAGGUUGUAACCCAAUGGAAGAAGACAUUGAAGGCAACAACGCGGUUCAUUACGCUGUCAUUUACCAAUCGUGUCUGGAGCCGCUGCUAUCGGCCAUAGAGAACUACGCGGUCUCUUGUGAUAUCAACGCAUAUAAUAAUGAAAAACAAACAGCGCUUCACCUCAGCGCCGUGUACGGCAGCGCGGAGAGCGCGGCGUGCCUGCUGCGGCACGGCGCGCGGCGCGGCGCGCGCGACGCGGCGGCGCGCACGCCCGCGCACCUCGCCGUGUACGACGACUGCAGCGCGGUGCUGCGCGUUCUGCUGCAAAACGCGUCGCCGGAUGAAAUCGAUGCAGUGGAUGGGAAAGGCUACACGGCCCUGCAAAUAGCCUGCGCUUCCGAACUACGAAAGAAUACACUGGAAAUUGUUCAACUACUUCUAGAACAUAAUGCGGAUCCAAAGAAACAUGAUGAGAACAAUAAACCGGCUUGGAAAUUAGCUCAGCAAUCACCCAAAGUAUUGCAGUUGCUACAACCAUAUAUAGACUCUCAGCUCAUCUCCGAAGACGAUAUUAAAUCCGAACCGGAAGAUGAAUAUGAAUCCGCCGAAGAUGAUGAUGAGCCACCGUGUCAGUCGGGGUUAGCAGAGCUGCCCCUGUACAUAGACGAGGUGUCGGCCGCGCUGGAGCGCUCGGGCGCGUGGCGCGAGCUGGCGCGCCGCCUGCGCCGCGACACGCUGCUGUCCUGGUUCUCGGCCUCGGACCGCCCCGCGCGCAAGCUGCUCAAUCAUAUUAAGGAUUGUGACGAAAUUACAUCAAAAUCAUUGGAAUUGUUAUUGAAAUCAAUGGGCGAGACAGAGGCUGCAACGGCGAUAAGAAAGUACAUUUGUGAA